CAAACAGUUGUCUUUUGUCCUCUGAUUCUUUCGUCUAUUUUAAGGCUCCAUCCAAACAGGACAGUCAGGGGUGUGGCCUUCUCUGUUUCAACACGGUUUCCGUUUCUACAAGGAAAAUGACACAUGCCUUUUUAUCUUUUCUGUUUCACCCUACAACUUCUGACAAAAAGAGAGGUAUAUAUAAUCCCACACAAGCAUAGCCUGUAUAUAUUCACACUGACACCUGACAAUGCACAACAGAGUUCGGGGUUGAGCUAUAACCUGAGAACUUGAUAAAGCAAUACAUACAAAGAGGAACCAUAGGCAACUUCUCAACAAUUAAAUACCAACCUAGAGUGUAAGACAGAAAUAUUGGACAAACACAAACCUCUUUGAGACAUUGCAUGGAAGAUUUGCAAACCAGCUUGGAGUCAUACAAGACUGAUUGGAUUUUUGACUCCAGACAAAGAACUUCACAGCAACACACAGCCAAGAGGAAGACCUGCUCCACAAAGAUGGUGGCUUUAUUCUCGCCUCCUCGUCCUGCCCUGUUGUUCUUAGUCCUCAUGAGUGUGACUCUGAUGACUUCUGCAUUUCCCCAGCCUCAACUUCGACCUCUGCAAAGUAACUUGCAUGCUAUUGGUCAAGAGGAUUCCAAGGGUGAACAGUGGGAAGUGCUGUACCCCUCCAUCUUACUCCGUGAUUGGAGCAUCCAGAUGCUGACCGCCCCAUAUUUUGGUGCAGCUAAGGCUGGGGCAGAACAGAUGGUGGGGGACGAUUGGCUUCCGCUCAGCCAGUCACAGAUGGAGGAGGAGCUGGUGAAGGGCUGGCCGGGCAACUGGCCUUCAAGGGUGGGUCACCAGCAGAAGAGAAACAUAGUGGUAGCAGAUGACGCUGCAUUUAGAGAGAAGAGUAAGCUUUUGACAGCAAUGGAAAGACAGAAAUGGCUCAAUUCCUAUAUGCAGAAACUCUUAGUAGUUAAUUCUAAGUAAUUAUAAUGUUUAUGUAUUUGUAUGUAUAUAUAUAAAAUACAUUGAAAAAUAUUACAUUUUAUGUUGGAGAAAAACACAUUUGAUCAUCACAGAUAAUGUAUCCAAGUCAAAAUGUUAAUUCAACUAAAAAUAAAAAUUAUGUCAUAAUUUAAUCGUGUCAUUUAAAUCCUGUAUGAUUUCCUUUCCUUCGUGGAACACAAAAGGAGAUAUUUAGCACAAUGCCCAAGCUGCUUUUCUCCAACAAGAAAGUAAAUCAUAUGGUUUUGGAAUGACAUGAUGGUAAGUAAAUGUUAAGAACUUUAAUUUAUCCCUUUUAAAAAACUCUUUUGACACCAACAUUUAAAAAAUGUAUGUAGAUAAAGACGUUUUCUCUUUCUUUUAGAUGAUCUUUGAAUAAGGAAAAUGCAUGAUGUGUUUGGUCUCUUGACUUGAAUAAACACCUGAAAACUA